AUGCCUGUAGCUGGAGCAUCUGCUACUGGAUCAAGUUCGCGACUGACUCGAAAAUGGAUCGGAGAGGAGCGCAUACAGGACAUUCAAGGGGUUGUCAAGACUGGCGUCGAGGUCCUUGGUGUCGUAGCGGCUGCGACGCAGAACGUGCCCUACCUCAGUAUCAUCUCGGGUAGCCUGACUGAAAUCAUCAAAAUAUGCGAUGAAGUCAAUCAAUGCAAGGAUGAAUGGAAAUCGGUUGCGGCCGUCGUGGGCCAGCUGCAGCUCAUCGUCGAAGCCUCUCGCGAACAAUGCGAAACCCUCCAACCCGAGGCGCAAACGGUCCCCAGGGCGCUCGUUGAACCUUUAAGACAGCUAGAAAGCUGCAUCAAGCAAACCCGCAAAGCACUCGAUGCGUGUCGGCCCGCGUACACGGACAGCGGAGAGAGGCGCAAAGGCUUCGGAGUCACCUUAUCGACGUUGAGGAAUACUCUCAAGCGGAAACACAUACUCUCAUCCGUACAGCGUUGCCGAAUAGAAAUGGACGACACACUAAAAUUUGCUAACACCAGCCUAAACUUUAGCCACACGCUCGCUCUUGAACGUCAUGAACGGAAGCUUGACGCGCUUCUACUCAAGACAGGAAGGUCACCUCCCGAGCGUACUUCGAACGGGGAAGAGACCGUGACCAUUGAUCUAACAAUUGAAGAUGCCCCAGCCAGAGGCUCUCCAAGUCCAGAAAGUAGUCAAAUAAUCCGGUACUCUCCGCAGUCGCAUCAUUCGUCUACACGCACGGUGCAGAUCCGAGAAGAGCAAGUGGUGCAAAUCAUAAACUGGCAUGCUCUUGGUAACCAGGUUCACACCGUAAUAUCGAGAUUUGGCGUCGAGGAUCAAGCCAUUGUCUGGCGUGCUCUUGCAAUGCUUCUUCUCGGGCUUACAGACCCUAUACGCGGUUCUGAGGUUGUAACACGAGCCGAACACCAGAUUAUCCAGCAGACGAUUUCCGUGACGGUCACCUUCCUCAUCCUUUUCAUGUCGUGGAAGCUUCACUGUCUCUCGCGUCCUCUAUCUACAGGACAGAUCGUCCUUGUCGACUUCCUCGGGAAUUCGUACGUUUUGGAGCAAGAAACGUUUGCGACGUGGGAGAACACGCACAGAUUCUUGACGCGCGCUUUCCGAGGUCGUCCCGGCUUGUCGCACGUGAAGAAUGGGCAUUAUGCUCUGGGUAACUCAGAGCGUCUCCUCAUUGCUCCAGAGGAAUGGUCGAAUGUCGUGCAGCCAGAUAUGCACAUCACUAUGAGUGCUAUUAGCCGCGAAAACCCUUCCAUGUGUCCGUAUUGCCAGACUCCAAUAACCGGGAGCGAAAGGCUCUACUACGACGGACACCGUAUCAUAUGCUCGAACACAAUUUGCGGGCGCGAGUAUGCUGCACUCGAGAUGGGUGUAUACAAGCCAGCACUGUCAAGGAAAAUGGAUAUAGUCGAGUCACUAUCCGACGGCUCAGUUCCUGAAGAAAUUGAGUCAUCAGAAGAUACCAACCAGACACUGCCAAAUCCAAGCGACCCUAUGAAACUAUUCAAGCGUGUGCUUGUCCGGUACACACGGGUCCUUGCAGCUAUGAAUACCCUAGGCAAUUUCGAGAUGGGAGCAUCCAACAUACCGAUCAUAGUCGUGACCAGAGAAGAAUAUGCUUAA